AUGGGGAUCCACUUUGCCGCCAAUUCCCCGGAGAUGUUAAUGACUCUGAACCUCUCUCCUCUCUGCUUUUGCUUCUGCUUCAUCUUCAUCUUCCAUCUUCCAUCUUCCAUCCUCUCCCCCAUCGCUUCUCUUCCGUCGCUCUUCCGCUUCAUCUCCCCCCUCUCCACCGCCCGCCUCCCAUCACCACUUCGUCGCUUCUGCGUCUCAUUCACGGUUCCAGCGUUAUCGCAGCUUCAAUUGUCCUUGACCCUGCCUACCGUCGACGACCUGCUCUUGCUUGACAGACUGCGAGUGUUAAGAUCGGAUUUACUGGUCUUCUCUCUGCACAAGGGUGUCUCUCGUCUACGCGCUCUCUCCUGA